UAUUGUAACACUGGAGUUUACCCAUCCUGCUACUGGAGAACACAAGAUUGUGUCUGUCAACUCUUGUAUGUUUCCUGUAUAUGCUUGUCAUGGUCUCAAAGUAACCACAGUAGAAGGAAUCGGCAGCAGACAGAAAGGAUACAAUGAGAUUCAGACCAGACUGGCUCACUUCUAUGGCACUCAGUGUGGCUACUGCACACCGGGAUGGGUCAUGAGUAUGUACAGCCUACUUGCAGCCAAUCCAGAACCUACCAUGAAAGAGAUAGAGGACUCGCUUUCUGGAAACCUUUGUCGUUGUACAGGUUACCGGCCUAUAUUGGAUGCCUUCAAAUCAUUUGCUUCAGAUAAGACUGAUGAGCUAGCCAAAAAAGUUACAGAUAUAGAGGACCUGUUGAAAGUGUGCAAGCGCAGUGGAGUACCUUGUCAAGGCAAGUGCAGACCAGGGGCUCAGCGAGGCCUGUACGACUGUGUGGAGAUGAGUCGUAGAGAGGAUGGUGAAGGUGACGGUGAGUUUGUGGAGGUGGCGUUGGCUCCACUCUCACUACGGCUGCAACUCCAAGGAGGCUCUCAUUGGUACAAGGUCACUUCUGUAGAUGAGAUAUUUGAGAUCUUCACCUCGGUGACUGGCUCCUACAUGCUCGUAGGCGGAAACACUGCUCAAGGUAUAUUGAAAGACAAACCUUUGCCUGAUCUGUUCAUUGAUAUAAAUGGAGUGGGGUUUCUUAAAGCUCACUCGUUUUAUUCGGGUAACUUGUACGUUGGAGCCAACACAACUCUUGCAGAUGCAAUCAAGUUGUUCAAGGCAGUGGCCGAAGAAAAUCCUGGAUAUUUCUCCUAUACAAAGGUGCUAGCUAAGCACAUUGAAAAAGUGGCAAACACAUCUGUAAGAAAUGUAGGCACAAUUGCAGGAAAUCUGACCAUUAAACAUACGUGGAAUGCAUUUCCCUCUGACAUCUUCCUCAUAUUGGAAACAGUUGGGGCUUUGGUGUCAAUCAGAGGUGACAAUGAAGCUAUUACUUUGCUCUCUCUCCCGGCAUUCCUCGAGACAAACAUGUACAAGAAGGUUAUUCUUCAGAUAAUAUUACCUCCUCUCAACUCCAAUUUCUAUGAAGUGCGAACGUACAAGAUAACCCCCAGAGCCCAGAACGCUAUAGCAUACGUCAACGCAGGAUUUAGGUUCAAAGUAAACAAAAAGGACAAGUUCAGGGUGUUGGAUCAGCCAAAUAUUGUUUUUGGGGGAAUAAAUCCAUCUUUUAUUCACGCAUAUCAAACAGAACGCUUCGUCUCCAACAAGCAGCUGUUGGAUGUCGCCACACUCCAAGGAGCUCUCAAGACUCUGGCCAGUGAGGUGAAGCCUGACUAUGUACUGCCAGACACGAAGCCUGAGUUUAGACGCAAACUAACACAGUCUCUGCUCUACAGGGCAAUCCUCAGUCUGAACCCAGGCAUGGUGUCCCCCAAGUACCGAAGUGGAGGGGAGGACAUCACACGUCCACUCUCGUCAGGCAAACAAGAGUUUGACAGUGACACCAUCAUGCCACCUCUGUACCAACCAUUCCCUAAACUGGAGUCACUCAUUCAAUGCUCAGGUGAAGCAGAAUUUGUCUAUGACAUUCCACACACGGGAGAAGAUCUGUAUUGUGCUAUGGUCAUCACAAAAGAAGGUCCUGGCACUUUGGAAAGCAUAGAUCCAGCAAAAGCUUUGAAAAUGCCUGGAGUACUUGCAUUCUACUCGGCAAAAGACAUUCCUGGAGAAAACAACUUCAUUCCACCCAACCCAUUCACUCCAUCUAAGGAAGUGUUGUUUGCAGACAAGAUUGUCCAGUUUGCUGGUCAGGUUGUAGGCCUGAUAGUUGCUCAAACUCAGGAGUUGGCUGACAAAGCUGCAGAACUUGUCUCCAUCACAAUAACUGACAAGAAGAAGCCUGUGCUCGACAUCCGUAAAGUUGUCAAAGACAAAGACUUAGCACGGAUACUCUUUGUAAUUACUAAGCCUGCAAUUCCAAAACUUAAUGUGAAAAAAAUAGUGAAAGGCGAGUGGAAAAUGGAGUCACAGUACCACUUCACCAUGGAGACACUGACUUGCCUGGCAGUGCCUGUGGAGGACGGACUAGAGGUGUACUGCACCUCUCAGUGGAUGAUGCUUGCACAAGAAGCAAUUGGACAAGUACUCAACAUACCUGAGAACACCAUAGAUAUGAAGCUGCGGCGAGUUGGAGGGGGAUACGGAGGUAAACUGACGAGAGGUAACGUCGUGGGUUGCGUAGUCAGUCUAGCGGCUCAUCUACUAAACAGACCUGUCCGCAUGGUGACAAAACUAGAGACUGUCAUGGAGGCCAUUGGCAAGCGGUAUCCCUGCUACUUUGAUUAUGAGGUUGCUGUCGACAAUGAGGGUGAAAUUCAGUAUUUACACUCAAAUCUGUAUGAAGACAAUGGAUAUGCUCUGAAUGAUCCACUAACAUUGCUCUUCACCUUUCCAUCAUUUGCCAGUGGAUAUGAAUCAACUGUUUGGGGGACGAAAAUGUUUGAUGUGUUUACUGAUAAACCUUGCAACCUGUGGUGCAGAAGUCCUGGUACUUUGGAGUCAAUCACAAUGGCAGAGCAUAUAAUAGAACAUAUUGCACAUGAAAUUGGGAAAGACCCACUGUCAGUCCGAAUGAAAAAUAUAGACAAGAAAUAUCCAUUAGACAAAAUGAUCAAGCAAAUCAAAGAAAAGUCUGAUUAUGACUCAAGAAAAGCGAGUGUUGAAAAGUUCAAUGAGGAAAACGUAUGGAAGAAGCGAGGAAUUACUCUUGUUCCAAUGCGGUUCCCUAUGGACACUAAAGGCACUUAUCAUGCAAUGGUCUCUGUGUACCGGAACGACGGUACAGUAUCUAUCACUCAUGGAGGGGUUGAGAUAGGACAGGGAAUCAACACUAAGGCUGCUCAAAUCUGUGCUGCUACUUUUAACAUUCCUCUGGAUAUGAUAAAAGUGAAGACAACCAAUACCAACAUUGCCCCCAACAAUGGCCCCACUGCUGGCAGCUUCACCAGUGAGUCGGUUGUCCUUGCUGUUCAGAGAUCCUGUGAAGAGAUAAACAAGAGACUUGCUCCCAUCAGGGCCACACUGGUGUCACCAACAUGGCAGGCUCUGGUCCAGGCAGCGUACCUAGCACAGAUCAAUCUCAAUGCCACUUAUAUGUUCUCCCCACUGCCUACCAAGGACUUUAAAAAAUAUGAAAUUUUUGGAGUAACUGUGUUGGAAGUAGAAGUUGAUAUAUUAACUGGAGAACAUAAGAUAAUUCGAGUGGAUAUCUUGGAAGAUGCUGGUAAGAGUUUCAACCCGUUUGUGGACAUUGGUCAAAUAGAGGGGUCAUUCGUGAUGGGGCUGGGCUACUGGACCUCAGAGGAGAUCAUCUACGACCCUCACACUGGCCGCAACCUCACCAACAGGACACUGAAAUACCACAUCCCAGGGGCAAAGGAUAUACCAAUUGAUUUUAGGACAUACAUAUUAAAAAAUGGUGACAACCCCCUUGGAGUGCUACGAUCUAAAGCCACUGGAGAGCCACCCUUGUGUAUGUCCAAUGCUGUAUUGUUCGCCAUCAGACAAGCUCUACGGUCUGCGAGGAAGGACCUAGGUCUCCCAGACGAGUGGCUAGACAUGGAUGCCCCGUUCACAGGUGAAAAGAUACUUCUAAGCACAGGAGAUGAUGUAGACAAAUACCUAUUAUAGUGCCUCCUUCUUACUUUUAAUUGAACUAGUACCUACUUAUAAUUAUGAGUUUUUUUUAUUUAACAAAACUGGUACCCAAUUGAUGAUUAAAUUACUAUUAACACUCAAAUAAGCUAAAAGGUUUGUGAAUCUUAUAAUGUUUAAU